AUGGAGUCUAAUAAGAAAGACACAAACGUAGCAUGCUUAGCAUGUGGAGAUAGCCUUUCAAGACAACACAAUGGAGUCAAAUGUAGCCAAGGCCAUGAUAUGUGUACCGGGUGAGCAAAGACAUACGUGGCAAACAUUCUCUCAGAGCCUGAAAAUAAGAUACCAGCCAAAUGUUCUUUGUGUGCUGUUGAAUUGAACUCUGUCCAGCUUGAGAUGCAAAUGGAGCCAGAACAACUCGAAAUGUACUUGAUGUACAAAGCCAUGAAGAUUGUUGAUCCUAAAAUUGACAAAGUCAUGAGUUGUCCAUUCUGUAAAUACUUCGAAGUCUGGACCAUUGACAAUUCUGCAAACUUCUUCUAUUGUAGAAAAGAAGAUUGCCAGAAAGGAAGCUGCUCAGUUUGUUUCAAAGAAUUCAAAGUGCCUAAAGGGAUGGCGGUCACUGAAGACGAGCUAGAGGAAAUGAAGUCAGAAGAAGGCAUGAUGAGCCAUUAUAAAUGCUAUGAACACAAGGACAUUAAAGAGGAUUGGGAUAAAGCUAUUGAAGAAGGAACUAAAAGAUAUUGUCCUGAAUGCAAAGUAGGAGGAAUCAAAGAUGAUGAGUGAACUCAUAUGACAUGUGACAACUGUAACACUGUCUGGUGUUAUCUCUGUGGCAAGAAAGAAGCUGAUCUCGACAAAUCUGACCCAAAUGGUAAUAUCUUCAAGCACAACGAUGAUUGGAAUACCAACAGUAAAAGGUGCCCUCAAUAUCUUUAUCAAAUUGGACAAAUUGAUGAUAGAUGGAGUACUGCAAGUGACAGUCAAGCAAAGGCUUUCUUUCAUAAGCUUCUCACCUACAAAUCAAUCAGAAAUUUCUUCAAGAAAUACAAAACUUCAGAGUUCAAAGAUCUAUGCUCCGUGUUCCCUCAAGUUGCCAACCACGGGUAUGAUUUAUACGAUGUAAAAACAAUAGACCUAACCAUUAUCCACAGAUAAAUACACAAGAUUCCCCUAAAAUUUGCUUUCAACUCUUACU